UAUAAGUGUACCAAACUCCAAUUUUCUGAAAAGAAUUUACACCGAAAUCGAAUAUGGUAAAAAUUUUCAAACCAUCGAAAAUAUUACGAAGAUGGAAAAUCACAUCAGUGAAUUGAUGAGAGUUUUGUUAAAGUAUACUCUUCCUUCUGUGAUAGACAUUAUUGACCAGUCUUCAAUAUCCAAUGAGUGUACAGAAUCACUAGCAAGGUAUAUCUCCGAUCUUGUGGAUGUUAGAUCUUGGGCAAUGGAAAUGUUCGAUGCAACAUCCAAAUUACCUUCUGGAAUAUUAGAAGGUACUUUGGCGGAACUGGGUUCAUAUGACCAAUGCUUGGAUAUAGAAGUACCAUUCCUGAAUGAAAGCAUUGAAUUCCGAGGUCAAUACUGUGGUGUUGAAGUGAACCGAAUACUAUCCAAAUCACCAGAAAAUUUCUACUUCGGUAAUGAGCAAAAAACUCACCCUAUGAGUUCUAUUGGAAAAUUUAUUGAAGACAUGGGGUCGGUAUUCUACUAUUCAAAGUUCCGCUUCGGUUUGUGUGUGCCAUCAAAAUGUUCACUCCCAGACAUGCAGCGAAUAGCAGUGGAAAGUAUAUAG